CGACAUUCUUGCCCCUUGGGCUUCGAAACCAGCCUGUUUGCUAGUCUCCAGCUACCACUCGUAUUUUCCUCGCACACGAUGUCCCCAACAACGAUAAACGAAGAUGCAUUUCUCAAGUUGAAGGACCUUUCGGCGUGGGUUUCCGACACGAAGGAAUUCAAAAAGGAACAAGAGAAUCUUUUCAGAUGCGUGGAUGAAGGCCGUCAUGUCAAAGUUGCUCCUUUACUGGAAGAUUUAGGGUUCGAUAAGAUCAAGGUGAUUUGGCUCAUCUCAGUUUCGGGAAUACAACUAAGAUGUCCACAGGGAUAUGGAUGGGCCUAGGUUGGAUAUCAAAGAUCUCAGGUUUCCUAAUACAAGAAAAGCGAUCUACAAAGUGCCCAGCAAGGUAAUACGACAGCCAACAAUGGGAUAAGGUACAAGGAAAUUACCCCUCAGAGAGUAAUAACAUCAUCUUAGUCAUAUAGAAUGCACCUGACAAUUACGAUGUGACACGCGUCCCUACUGCAGACAUUAGGGUGAGUGCAUAUACCCCAUUGUUACCGAGAAACCGUAUUAUUAAUGGAUAUUCACAAAAGCAUCGCUGGCCAUCAGCUGUGA